AUUUCAUCUAAGAUAUGCGGUAGCACUACAAUCAUGCCACCAUGCAUACGUCCUUCUAAUGUAUCUUCUUCUCUGACAUCCUGUCCUUCCGUUUCCUCCAUCUCUGCCAUCCGCCCCCGAUCCCUUCCUCAACCCGCUCAAGCAACACGCGAAUUCUCCCAGUCAUCAAGCCGUCAGGUAACACUACGGCGACGAAAGUUCUACCAAUGGCUCAACGGUCCUGGUAGAUCUUUGAAGCAGCCCCUACCGAACUCCACCAACUACCUAGGAGCAUACGACCAAUACGGUAAUUUGGUUCGAGCGGACCCUAGAUGGCUGGCGAAACAGAAGCGAGAAGGAAAGGGAGCGAAAGAAGCGGCGGAGACAGACGGAGCCAAAAAGGAAGAUGAGGUGCUUCCAGAGGGCCAGGAGGCCGAUGACAUGGAUAUGGCUGCCCGUCGCUUAGAGAAAGAGGAAGAUGUUCUGAAUAAGAAGAAGGACGACGACGAGAGCGAUCAAUUGCCUCCUGAAACUGUUGAAGAUUUACGGCCUUUCCCGUCCAACAGAUUCUUCCGAAGCCAGCCAGUACUGAGCGAGGACUUGCGUGAAGCCAUUUACAAAGCCAUGACCGACCCUCACAGGCCAAUGUCGCUGCCAGCAGCGAGUGUGCAUUUCGGUGUCAGCAACGAGCGCAUCGGAGCCGUUUAUCGGCUGAAGCAUAUGGAGAAGGAGUGGAUCGCUCAGGGCAAAACCCUCGCCAUCCCCUAUCGCAAAGCCGUUAUGGACAUGCUCCCCAAAACCCCCCACGUUGGCGACUCAAACAAGCGCCCUAUCCCCCAUGAACCCAUCAACGAUCUCAUCGUCCACCCAGCAACUCGUCAGCAACUUUUUGUUCCUGUCGCCGAGUCGCGCCAAUUCACCCGUGUCGACGCCGGAAAGGCCUUCGACAACGAUCUCCUCCCCGCUGACGACCGGAUUCCGCAUCCCGAGAUGGUGCACGUGGAGCGCGACACGAUUUCUGGCAUGCCAUCUUCGGAACGCUUGGAGCGCGCCAAAGAGCGACUCAUCUCGCAGAUGAAGGAGAAGUCCGAAAAGGAGGAGGCUGCUAAACAGGCUGAGAAGGCUGCGCUUACCAAGGUCGCAGGGCGCAGGUGGGACUUUGUCAUCCAAGACGUCAGCGUCGAGAGCGUGGGCAAAGACGGACGUGAUUAUAGGGGGGUUGGGUGGCGGUAUGGAUUACCCCAUGAAGACAGGAAGAAGGGAGUGGUCAAGAUUCCCACGAGUGUGGAUGCAUAA